AUGAACAAAAAUUAUGAAUUUGAUUUUUAUCAAAAAGUAAUGAAAAAGAGAUUAAAUGAUUAUGAAACUCAUUCAGAUGUUUCAUGUAAAAUUGGGUAUAGUGACUCUGAAUCUGAAGGAGUUGUUUCAAUAAAAGAAGCACCUUAUUAUGCCUAUAAUCAUAACUUAAAAAAUUUUAAAAAAGAAAAAUUAGAAAAACCAAUGUGGAAAAGUUUUCAUGAUAUUGAAGAAACUGCAAAAAGUUCGCAUUCAGAAGAUGAAUAUAUAAAAAAUGAUGAAUCAGAAAAAGAGAUUGGAUCCCCUAGAUUUGGUAAUUCAUCUGAAGAAGAUGAAAAAGAAAAAAUAGAGGAAACAGAAGAAAAAGAAUAUAAGCGUUUACAUAAAAGUACUGAGAAUUUAUAUAUAUUUGAUGAUAUAAAUGAAGAUGUUAAAACUCUAGAAGAGAAUGAAUCAUUAGAAAAUUUUACACAGAAUAAUAUUUCUAGUAAUAUUAAUUAUAACUUCAGAGAAGAAUUAACAAAUAAUAUGUAUAAUAAUUUAAGUGUGUUUAGAAGCAUAAAAGAUAAUUAUGAUGAUGCUACUAAACAUUUUCUUAAACCAAAAACUUUUAAAGAUAUGAAUGGUUUGUAUUAUGAUAUUAACGAUGAAAAAGUUGAUAUUGAUACUUUAAAAAAAGAACACGAAAGACUAAAACAAGUAAAUAAAUUAAAUAAAUUAGGAAAUAUGAAACAAGAUUAUUUUGCAAAUAAUUCUUUUUAUAAUAAUGAAGACGUAGAAAAUAUGAAUAUUCAAAAUAAAAAUAAAUUUAAAAAUACAAAACAUAAAAAAUUAAAAGGAAAAGAAAUUAAAAAUUCUGUUUCAUUAAUUAAUAAAAUAUCUGAUGAAUGUGAUGAAAUUAAUCUGAAUGAAAAGAUUAAUUUCAUAAAUAAUAACAUAUAUGAGCAAGGAAUGAUAGAUUAUAGACGAGGCAAAAUAAAAAAAAAGACAACAUUAAAAAAAAUAAAAAAUAAUACAGAUAAAAAGUACGAUAAUGCAAAAGAGAAAAAAAGAAUAAGUAAUGAAUCAUACAGAAAUGGAGAAAAAAAUGAAAAAAAAGAUGAAGGUGAAGAUGAAUGCAAUACAUACAAGGACAAAGAGGAAUUAUGUAAAGAAGAACUACAUUUAAGUAAAGAGGAAGAGGAAAGGGUAGAGGAGGAAGAAGUUGAGGAUGAAGAGGAAAAGGAAGUAGAGGAGGAAGAAGAAGAGGAAGAAGUUGAGGAAGAAGAGGAAGAUGAAGGAGUAGAGGAGGAAGGAGAAGAGGAAAAGGAAGUAGAGGAGGAAGAAGAGGAAGAUGAAGGAGUAGAGGAGGAAGGAGAAGAGGAAAAGGAAGAAGUAGAGGAAGAAGAAGAAGAAGAGGAAGAAGAAGAAGAAGAAGAAGAAGAGGAAGAAGAGGAAGAAGAAGAAGAAGAAGAAGAAGAAGAAGAAGAAAGGAAAGAGUUUGAUGAAGAUAUGUAUGCAAAGCAAGAUGAAUGUGAAUAUGAAGAAAAUGAAAUUAAUAACAAAAGUGAUAAUAAUAUUAAUCAAAGAGUCGAUAAUUAUAUGUAUAAUAAAAAUAAUGACAAAGAUAAAAAAGAAAAUGAAUUUUUAGGAAAAUUGAAAAAUGAAUCUAGUAAAAAACAAAAAUUUUCAAAAAGGAACAAUAAAGAAAAUGAUACAAAUAACUUUUACAUUAAUAGUCAAAAAAAAAAUAGAAAUAUGAGAAAAGAGAAAAUAUUUAAAAAACAAAUUUCCUCUGAAAAAGGAAAUAAUAAUAAAAAUAAAAAAAAGGAAGUUAUAAAUUAUAAAAAGAAAUAUUUCAAAAUCAAUGAAAAUUCUAACAAUGACUUUAAUAAUAAAAAAAAAGACGCCAAUUAUAAAAUUAGUGAUGACAUACAUAAUAAUAACAAAAAAAUAAAUGCUUAUGUAGAAAAAGAUGAUGACUCAUUGAAUGAAUAUAUUGCGAAAGAAAUAAAUUUUGAGUGGUGGAAAACUGAUGAAAAGAUUAACGAUUUUCAAAAUGAAAACUUGAAAAAUAAUGAUAAUGAUAUAAAUGGAAAACUAAAUAUUAUAUGUGACGUUAAAAAAUCUGAAAAUGAAAAUUUAGAAAAAGAAAAAAUAUUAAAUCGUUAUGAAAUACCAAAAGAUAUUUCAUAUUACGCGGAAAAAUAUCAAAAGAAUAAGGAGGGAAAAGAAAAAUAUAAUGAAAAUAUGCACAAAGAAGUUCAUGAAGAAAUAAAUAUAAACAAAACAGUUAAUGAGUGUAAAAAAGCAAAUGGUAAUGUUGUUUUGCAUAACGAUAUAAGUGAAAAUUCUAAUUUUUGUAAAAAUUAUGAUUCUAUUAGAAGUAAAAACGAUUUUAAUAAUAUAAAUUUAAAUAAUAAUAUUUUUAUAAACAGUAAAAAAGAUAUAUAUAAUAAAGAUAUAAAUAACAAUAGUGAUACGGAAUUGAAUGGAACAAGUGAAAAUCUGAAUAUAGAUAGUUUUAAUAUUAAAAAUAGAACUAAACUAUUAUCUAACAUACAAAAUGAAAUGCUAAAGGAUAGUUGUAAUAUAGAAAUGAUUCAGAAAUAUCCAUAUAACGAUUUAGGUGCCUUAAAAAAUUACAAUUCAGCUAAUGAAUUUUAUUCACACAAUAUUAGAACAGAAAUGUGUGGGAAGUAUGAAAACAAUACAAAAUUAAAUGAUUCGUACAUUUCAAUAGGUACAAAUAUUCCAUUCAAUGAUAAACUGAAAAUUAAUGAUAUAAAUCAUUCAAAUAAUGAAAACGUAUUAUUUAACUCAUUUGUGAACAGUGAUAAUAUAAAUAAAGGAAAUGAAUUUUUUUCUAAUCACAAGAACUGUUUAGACAGAAAAAGUUGUAUAGGUGAGGAUAGUAGUAUAUCUAAUAUUUAUGAUAAAAUAAAUCUUUAUAAUGAAAAGUUUAAUGAAGAAAUUUUAAAUAAAAAUAGAGAAAAUUAUAUUAAGAAUAAUCUUAAUGAGAAUGAAAGAAAAUAUGAUAUAAAUAAAUAUUUUGAAAAGAAAGAAAAAGAAAAGGAAAAAAUAAUAGAAGACGAAGAAGAAAAAAAUAAAAAAAUAAAUUUUUUUUUAAAUUAUUUAAAAAGUAUUAAUUUGAGCUCAAUAAAUGAGAUUUUAGAAUAUUUUGUUGAGAAUGAAAAAAAUAUUACAAAAAGAAAAGAUAUGAUGGAAAUAACUUCGUUAAAAAAAGAGAAUCAAAAUCAAAAAAUAAAAUUUGAAGAAUGUGCAAAUGAUCUCUUGAAAAACGACCAAAAUACUCAGACGGUGGAUAAAAAUUUUAGAAAUGAAGAAAUACAAACUAAAAAUGCAAGAAAAAUAGAAAAUUUUAUACAAACAGAUAUAAAAGAUAUCAAUACUGAUCUAUAUAUUAAAAAAGAUAUGUUAAGCAAAAAAACAAGUAUAGAUUCUGUUUUUUUUAAAAAUUUAAGUAAAGAUAUGGAUUCUUUUAAUAGUGAAGGUAAAGAAAAAAAAGUUGAUAAUUCUAAAAACAAUUUAAAUUUUGAAUCAAAGAAUGAUUUAUGUUCUGAUACAAAAAAUAAUUUAAGUAUAGACGAAUAUAAUGAAGUGAAAAAAAUACAUGAUUUGAAAGAAAAAAUUUUAGAAAAAAUUAAAUCAUGUCAUGAUAAUUUUAGUGAGAGCAAUGACGAAACAGCUAUAUUAAUGCUAAAAGAUAAAUAUGAAUAUACAAAUAAUAAUCAUAGUUAUUUCAAUAAAAUAGAUGAUACAAAUCUAAGUGCAAAUUCUAAAAAAAAGAAGAGAACUAUUAGUGUAACAACUGUUGAAACAGCUGAGUCUUUGAAAUCAUUUGAAAAGGAAAUGCUUUUAUUAAAAUCACAUAAUGAAAGAUUAAGAAGAAGAAUUGAAAAAUUAUAUAACGAAAAAGAAAAAAUAAAAAAUGAUUACAUAAAAAUUGAAAAAUUGAAAGAAAGUCAGGAUAACUUAUUUUUAGCUACAGAAAGACAUAUUGAAAAACUACAUGAGGAAUUAAAUAAUAUGUCAAAAGAAAAUGAAAAUAUGAAAAACGAUUUAAAAAAAAAAAAUAUAAAAAUAAUAGCUCUAGAGUCUCAAAUAGAUAAAAACGAAUUUUCCUUAUCAAGCAAUAAUACACAUAAAAAAGAUGAACUCACUUAUAUUGAUUUAAAUAAUAAAUUAGAAGAGUUUAAAUGUCAAAUUCCAGAUAAAAAAAAAGUGAAAGAGCAAAUAAAUUUAUUGCAAACGCAAUUGCAUAUUUUAAAAGAUGAAAUUAAAAAAGCAGAAUCUUUAAAAUUAGAAAAUGAAGAGCUAAAGAAAUUAUUAAAUAAAAAAAAUUCUGCUAUUGAUGAAUAUGAACACAUAAUAAUGAAAUUAGAGAAAAAUGUGGACAAUUUAAAUGAACAAAAUAUUCAUUUGUGCAAAGAAAAUUCUAAUUUAAACGAGAAUAAUGCGAAAUUGAAAGAAGGAAAUAUUAUAUUAUCUAAUAAUGGUGAAAAUAUGGAUACUAAUCAAAUGAAUGAAAUGUUAUUAACUGGAAAUAAGAAGAAUAUACAUUCAGAUAAAAUUAACCUUCUAAAAAGUAAUAUAAAGGAGAAAGAAAAUCAAAUAAGAGAUUUAGAAAGAAGUGUUGAUGAAUUAAAGGAGGAAAAUUUUCAUUUAAAUGAAGAAAUUUUAAAUUUAAAAGAAAAUAAUAUUAAAUUAAAAAAAAUAAGUCUUUUAUCGAAUAAAAGAAAUGAUAUACGCAAUAGUAAUGAAAAUGUAGGUAUGAUGCAAGAAGAAGCUGAAAAAGUAUAUUUAGACAAAAUAAAUAUAUUAAAAAAUAAUUUAGAGGAAAAGAAAAAGAAAAUAAAUUUGCUAAAUACUUUAUUAAAAACAUCAAAUAAUCAGACAAUCCAAUUAAAUGAUAAAAUUAAAAAUAUAAUAAAGGAAAACAAAAAAUUACAAAAAAAAUAUGAAAAAUGUCUUAAUUAUUUGGAAAAACUAAAAAUAAAAUAUGAUGAACAGAUUUUAAGGAAAAAUAAACAAUCAGACAUUUCAUUGGAUGAAUUAAAAAAUCAUAACCAUAAUAAUGCUGAUUACGAAUCAACUAAAUCAAAUGAAGAAAAUUCUGAAAAUUUAUGUUUGAAAAAUAACAAAGAGGAGAUAAUUUUCUUAAAUAAAAGAGAAGAAAAAGAAUUCAAAGAUUUAAGUAGUGAAUAUGAUUAUGAAGAGAAAGAUAGCCAAGAUGAUAAAGAAGAAUACGAUGAAGAACAUGAGAAGGAAUACGAGGAAGAAAUAGAUGAUUAUAGUGAAGGUAGCAUAGAAUAUCAAGAUAAAGAAACUUCUGAAGAAGAAGAAAAAAUUACAAAUGUUAAAGAAAAAAGUAUUAAUGAUACUAUAACAAAAGAAAUUAAAAAAAAAAUUAUAAAAAAAUGUUCAAGCAAUAUAAGCCAUGCCGAAGAGGAUACGUGUAAUAUGACUUAUGAUAAAAGCACGUGUAGUUUCGAUAAUAGAAAUAAUAUGGGGAAAAAUAUUUAUAAAAAAAGUAAAAUAAAAAGAAUAAUUAAAACAAAUGAUAAACCAAAUUUUAAAGAACAAAGUUUUAUAAAAGAUACUGAAAAUGGUUAUAAUAGCAAUGCAAAUAAAAUUUCCAUGAUAAAAAAAAAUAAAAGAGGGGCAUGCAAAAUAUUAAAAUAUGAUGGUUCACAAUAUGAAAAGAAUAAUUCUCUAAAAAAUGAAAAGAAAAAUAUUUAUGAGAAUUUAUUGGAUAAUGAAAAUGAAUAUGUUAACAUAAAUAAUAUUUUUGAAAUUGAGAAUGUAACACAAGAUAUACAAAGUAUGUUUUAUAAGAAGAAAUGUUCUAAUGAGAAAAUAGAUAAUAUAGUCAUAAAUAAUAACUUAAAUGAUGAAAUUGUAAACAAUUUUAGUAAUAAUUUAGCAAACGAAAAACGCAAUACAUUAAAUCAAAGUGUACUUUAUAGAAAUAAGGGGGAACAAUAUUACCAAAUAAAAAGUGAAAAAUUUACACAUAACGAUCAGAGUCAUAUAAAUAAUAAUAAAAAUAAUUUGAAUACCAAUAUUAUUAAUGAUAGGAUUUCAAAUUUAGAAAAUAUAAAUUAUGCAUCAAAUGAAAUGAAUUUAAAGAAUUUGGAAAAAUUAUAUAUAUCAAAUAAAAUAAGAGUAUUCAAUAAUAAUGCAAAUAAUUAUAUAGAAAAGAAAAAACAAAUAGAUGAAUUUUGUAACGAGAGAAGUUUACAUAAUAAUAACAUUCAUCAAAAAAAUAGCAAAAUGUCCUUUUUGAGUUAUGAUACAAAUAAUGUAACAGUAGGUGGAAAUGAAAACAAUAUUUAUAAUGAAUUAUACAAUAAAAAUAUUAUGAAUAAUAUAAGCAACAUAAAUAAAAUGAAUACUUUGAGCAAUGUGAAUAAUAUUAAUAACAUGAAUAAUAUGAAUAAUAUUGACAAUAUUAUUAACAUGAAUGAUAUUAAUAAUAUAGAUAAUAUUGACAAUAUUAAUAGUAUAAAUAAUAUUAAUAGUAUGAAUAAUAUUGGCAAUAUUAAUAGUAUGAAUAAUAUUAAUAAUAUGAAUAAUAUUAAUAGUAUGAAUAAUAUUAAUAGCACGAAUAACACAAAUAAUAUGAGUAAUAUGAACACUUCAAAUAUUGUAGAUAAUUUAAUAAAGAGUAAUUCAAGCAAUUUAAGAAACUCAUUUAUAAAUAAUUUAGAUGAUAAAAUAGUACAAUCACAAAUUGAAAAUAAUAACGUAAGUAAAUUUUCAUUAAAUAAUAAUGAAGGGAAUUUUAAAAACAUUAAUGCAAAUAGUUUAAAAAGUAAUGAAUGCAUAAAUGGCAUUAAAAAAAUAGAAAGUGAAGAUUCUAAUAAAAUUCACAAAUUAAGUAAUGAAAAUAACAUAUCUAUUUUUAACAGUGAAUUCAAAAAUAAUACUUUUGAAAAAUUGAACUCUAAUUCAUAUGAUAAUAAAAAUGAAACAUAUUACAAGAGAGAAGGAAUGAAAGAAAUUCAUAUUCUCGAAAAUAGUAAUAUAAUUGAAAGUAGCACUAAUAAUAUAUAUGGAAUUGAAAAACGUGACAAUUUAAAUAAAGAAGAGAAUAAAAAAGGAGAAGCUUGGAUUAUUGAUUUAAAAAAUAAUGAAAUAUUUCCAUAUAUAAAAUUGAAAAAUACAUUAUUAGAAGAAGAGAAAUCAAAAAAAAGUAAUAAAAAAAAAGGCAUUCAUGAUAAAAAUAAUAAGAAGAAAAACAUAUUUGAUAAAAAUAGUUGCCAUAAAAAAAGUAAAAAUUAUAAGUCAUUUUUACAAAAAAAAUAUAUAAGAACCCCAUAUAUUAGGAAUAAUGAUAAAUUAAAUUUAUUAGUAAAUAGUAUUUCUAAAUUGGUUAAAAGCAAAAUAGAAGAAGAAUUACAUAACAAGAAAUUAUCAAAAGAUAUAUCAAAUUUAGACAUAACUAAAAUAAAAAAAGGAAAUAGUUCUAAAAAUAACAUACAUAAAUGUUAUAAUAAUAAAAGACAAGAAACAAAGAUGAUUUUAAGUGAUUCAAUAUCAUUAUCUUCUGGGACUUUUAAUAAUACACUUGAAACAAUAGAAGAUGAUAACAGUGACAACAAUUCUCAAAAAUUUUUAAAAAAUAUAAAAGAAAAUAUAUAUGGACAUAAUGCUGAUGAUAAUAAUGUAGAUAAAAAUGAAAUAAGUUAUGCAAAUAUAAAAAAUAAGGAUUAUGCUUAUGCUAAUAGGAGUAAUGUGAGUAAUUUUAUUCCUAAUGAAAAAAAUAAUUUUCUUUUUUGUGAAAAAAGCAAAUCUAUUGUAAAUAACGGAAACUAUUUAAGUGAUGAUAUAUUGUUAAACACUUUUCUAUUAAAUCAAAAUUACGUAAAUGAAAUUGAAGAUGUUAAUCAAAAUAUUAUAGUUAAUAAUAAAUUUUCUUCACAAAAUGCACUAAAUAAGUUAGGGGGUUCACUUAUUAAUCAAAAUUUAAAUAAUAAUUUAGAGAAUGGGCAAUUAACUAAUAACGUGAAUUACUAUAAUUUUGGUCAUUCUAAUAAUAGUUAUAAUAAAUUAAAUUUAUUAAAUGAAAAUAUAAAUAUAAAUAAUAAUAAUAAUAAUAAUCAUAACAUAGUAAAUGAUUUAGACAUUAAUAUAAGUAAUAGCAUAAAUAAUAAUAUUAUUGGUAAUAUAAUAAAUAAUGAUUUAAAAAUUGACCUAGAGAAUAAUAAAGAUAAAAAUAUAAUGAAUAAUUUUAAUAAUGAUGUAAUGAAUAAUGAUUUAAAUGAUGAUUCUGCAAGAAAUAUUCGUGCUGUUAAUCCAUUAAUGUUCUCUAAUAAUAUAAGUAAUAACAAUAAUAGUAAUACCAUUUCUGAGAUUAAUAAAUUAAAUAAUUCUUAUUUGUUUGAUAUUAAUGCUUUGAAACAAAAAGAAUAUUCUCCAAGUUAUAAUAAUGCAUUUUUAAAUUAUAACUUGUUAGACAGAGAAAAUAUAAAUAUAACAAAUAAUGAAAAUAUUAUAAAUAAUGAUUUAAAUAAGAAUAAUAUUAGUAAUAAUAUAUUUAAUGAAAUACAACAAGAUGCUAAAGUGUAUGAAAAAAAUAAUAUAAAUAAAAAAUCAAGCAAUCAUAUUUUUAAAGAAAAUAGAAUAAACAACAAAGAGAGUAUAUUAAAAAAUAGUAUGAAAAAGUCUAAUUCAAUGAACAUUAAAAAAAAUGAAACAAACAAAAGUUUGACUAAUGGAUGUACUGAAUUAAGACCAAAAAUGAGUACACAAAUAUUUAAUUAUUCGGGAAAUAAAAAAAAUGGAUUAAGAGAUAUGUCAACUUAUGCAGAUAAAGUUUUAGAAGAUAUGAAAUCUCUUAUUCCUUUCAAUGCUAACAAUUUAAUUAAUAAAACAAAUAAAAGUAAUAAAAAAGGAUGUGAGAUAAAAAAAAUAUUAAAUAAUAAUAAUAAUAAUUUAAGGCUACACAAUGAAAGUGAAUCAAAUAUAUUAAACAAAAAUAUUGGAAAAUCAGAUGAUUUUAAUAAAAACACUAUUUUAAAUAAUAGUACUACUGAUAAUUUGGUCACAAAUUAUAACAGAAUCAAAGGAAAAUCUGAAAAAAGUAUGGAAGAUUUAAAGAAUAAAAAAAAAAAGAAAAUUGAUCAUGCAAAAGAAAAUUUUCUUAAUAAUUCAGUUAACGGCACAAAAAAGGUAGAUAAUUCAAAUUGCAAUAAGAAAAAAAAAUGCGAAGAAGCUACAUCGAAUAUCAUUAAUAAAAAUAAAAAAAAUAUUUUAAAUGGAAACACUUCAAGUGAUACAUAUAUCAAUCAAAAUUUAAACUUUUUAAAUGAAAAUAACAAUAAUUUUACUAUGUUAGAUAUAGAUUUAAAUAAAAAUGGAGAUAUCAAUUUUGAUGAUUCAAGUAACCUUCACUAUAAUUCACUUAAAUAUCAAAAUAACUUAAAAGAAACUAAGUUAAAUAACUGUCUAAGUAAUGCAAGUAAUAUAUUUAACAGCUCAAAUAUAAUUCAGGGUACUGUACAAGAUCCUUUGUGUUUUAAUAGAAGAGAAAAAAGCAAUAUAUUUCAAUCGCAAGCACGUAAGUCUUUGACUAGCUUUAGAGAAUCUUUAAAAAAACAAGGAAUUUUGUGA